AUGGCAACCAACCCCCCACAGCUCUUCCUCCUCGCCGAUCAUAUCAAACUCUCACUGCUCGAGCGCCAACGCGCCCUCUCCCUCAACCUUCCCUCCAAUAGCCAGGAUGGUCAGAUCUCACGGUCCUUGGAGCAAUUGCGCUCCGGCAUCGAGUCGCUGGAGUCGCAAGUCCAAGACACCUCAGACGAAUCGAUAACAUCACAACUCCCCCGCCUACGCACCCAACUCGCAGAACUAACCGCCCAAUUCACACCUGCCACCAAAUCCAGCACCCCAACACCCACAUCACCAACCCUAACCUCCCCCAACAACCCCUCUCUAACCUCCGACUUCGCCGCCGCGCAAUCCAAAAAACCCGUGCCCGCGCGCCAAACCUCAAAGUCCGUCCGCUUCUCAGACAAUACCGAUGAAGAAGACGACCCAAACCGCUCCUCCCUCUUCCCCUACCGGGACGACCCCUCCGAUUCCACCCCAGACCAAUCGUCCCUCGACAACGAGCAAAUCCACCAAUACCACAGCCGCGUCAUCGCAGACCAAGACAGCCAACUCGACAGUCUCGGCGCAUCAAUUGGCCGCCAGCGCGAACUCUCUAUGCAGAUAGGAGAUGAGUUAGAUGGGCAGGUUAUGCUGCUGGAUGAUGUGGAGGAAGGGGUGGAUCGGCAUGCGGCGCAGUUCGUGAGAGCGAGGGGACGUUUGGAUCGGUUUAGUAGGAAGGCGAGGGAGAAUUGGAGUUUGACUGUUAUUGUGGUUUUGAUUAUUAUUCUGGUGUUGUUGAUUGUUAUUACGAAAUGA